GACAGUCGUCCCGCAGGCCUGUUGACGAACCUCAAGGAGUGCUCGGCCGGUAGCGACUGGGCUUAUAGCCACCUGAGCACCCUCCUGUCGCCUUUGCCGAAGCAACAUUCCGACAACGGUCCGCCCCCUAACAUAGGGCGCUAUUGGACUACCGGAGAAGGCGACUCCUUUCGUUUGCCGAUGCGGGGGGAAGCCGGCUGGACGGCAAGUGAGGAACAAAAGGAGUGGACUAUGAAGAGCUGGACCAAGUGUUUCCACCUACGCAGACUCCAGCGACUGAGCAAACUGCCAAAUCGGGCCACCCGGGCACACCUCGCGCUCACGGUGAACAAGUACCGCCUGGCCCCAGCCGACGAAGAGUGUGAUAUCAUGUCACGGGCGCUGUGCUGUCUCCAAGAGAAGUACCAAUCGGAGUGCUUCUACGCACCGUACUUGAUCGCGGACGCGGAGGAUCUGAUUUUCAUUCCCGACGAUCAUCCACGAGCUAGUGAUGUGACUACCCCCGACGCAUCAGCUCCAGGAGAAACGUCGUCAACGUCGGCAGGAUCGAGUGAUAGCGAAGCUUCCAGCGUUGCGUCGUCGUCGCGGACACAGACUCCAACCGACGACGGUGAAGCGACGCCGACGGUGCUGUCUAGCGACGGCGCCACCGACUGUUCCCACCAUCACAGAAAGAAGGAUGAGGUUCCUGCACAAAAUCACGCUGCAUCCUCGUCCGGCGAAACCAGCGCCGGGACCAGUGAUGGUGACGAGCAAACAAGCUGCCAGGCGCAGGCCAGAACUGGCUCAGACCGGAAAUUGAAGGAGCAAUGCGACAUGACGAGUAGCGGAAAAAGCGGCGAUGAUAUUGAUGAAAACAAAAGAAUAGUCACCGUUGUGAUCAAUACCAACUACAUUCGGCCGGGGACUGCGGACGACGAAGGGGCCCGUGGCUUCGCCCUCUGGGAGGUGCUAGACAAGGAGGCAUCAAACAAGCUGUUUGCCAUACGGAGAACCAAGUAUGCCGCGGAGCUACAGCAAUUUAUUUCUGUUUCUCACUCAGCGUCGUCUUCGCGCCGGCCCUAGUGCUUGUUUUAUGGUUUUUUGAAAGCUUGCUGACUUCUUACACAGGUUGAAUGUACGUAAUGCACCUACAGCUCGAUGUAUGUUCUUGUUGUCGAGAAAAUUAAAAUUAUCAUGUAGAAUGAAUAGAAAUGCGUAAAUGUACUUCGUGCGGACGACGUUUAGAUAUUGUGCUAGUUUGGGAAAAUGCAAGAAGCUUGAGCACGUGAGCGGGUUAGGGUUUCUCGACAGAGGUAACCCAGGCGCAACAAAGAAUCAGGCGCAGCUGCAAUCUCAGACGGACGGCACCAGUUGAGAAGUAUAAAAGCACAGAGUUGUACAUCCUUUUAUCUUCGAUGUUGUAAAUGCAAGAUGG